CGAAAGCUCCAGGUCGCUGGCACGAGGAUGUGCGCAUGCAGCAGUCAGUGAUUGCAGACCAGCCAUGAUCAUGAUCAACACCAGACAUCGCCAACAUGUCUGUCAUUCUUUGCACAGCUGGCUAUGACCACACCAUCAGAUUCUGGGAGGCACUCUCGGGAAUAUGCUCGCGCACGAUCCAGCAUCCUGACUCACAAGUGAACCGCCUCUGCAUCUCGCCCGACAAGCGUUUCCUAGCUGCUGCAGGCAACCACACGGUCAAGCUGUUCGAUAUCAAGUCGACAAACCCCAACCCGCUCCUGACCUUCGAAGGGCACACAGGCAACAUCACCAGCGUCGCCUUCCACUGCGAGGGCAAGUGGAUGGUCACAAGCUCCGAGGAUGGCACCGUCAAGAUUUGGGAGACACGCAGUGGCACCAUUCAGCGGAGUUACAACCAUGGCUCGCCGGUGAACGAUGUAGUCAUCCACCCGAAUCAGGGAGAGAUAAUUGCCUGCGACAGAGGUGGAGCGGUCCGAAUGUGGGAUCUUGCUGCGAACGAGUGCUCUCAUCGCCUCAUUCCUGAGACUGAUGUGUCAGUCUCAAGUGUCACUGUUGCCAGUGAUGGCACUCUACUGUGCGCGGCAAACAAUACUGGAAAUGUAUACGUCUGGUCGCUGGAACAGUCCUAUGAUGCGACUAAAAUGAUCCCGAUCACUCAGUUCAGUGCUCACAAGGAGUAUAUCACGCGGAUCCUGCUAUCGCCUGAUGUGAAGAAGCUUGCGACCUGCAGCGCGGAUCACACCGCAAAGAUCUGGGAGGUCGAGAUGACACAAGACAGAGCGGGCUUCCAAGACGCAGCUGGAGAGCCCAAGCCAUUUCCGCUGGAAGCGACACUCAGCGGCCAUCAGCGCUGGGUAUGGGACUGUGCCUUCAGUGCCGAUAGCGCCUACCUUGUGACAGCAUGCUCUGAUCAUUAUGCCCGAUUGUGGGAGCUGCACAGCCAGCAGGUCAUUCGGCAGUAUAACGGACACCAUAGGGGCGUUGUCUGUGUUGCCCUGAACGACUAUUCCGAAUCGCGGUAGCUAACAUGCUUGGACAUUCCACGUGUCCCAGUAGAAUGGUAUCCACGAUGGUAUCCUUGCGAUCAUUCUUGGAGCAUAUGCCUGUUCGAAUGCUUUGCGCAGCGGUUUUGCUUUCUUUUUGGUACGGCGUUAAGGGUAAGGGUAUGUCCGGCAUAUCUGGUGAUUUGUGCACUUGAAUUUCAAGCUCGCGUGGAUAUCACGCAACGUUAGAUACCUAUAA